UGACCACAUUAGUAUUUUUCUAAAUUCCCACGUCUUCAGAAACUUCCAUUUGAAAAAAAAAAAAUACCCUCCAUCUUCACCCAUUUAAUACCCAAAAAUCUCACACAAAAACCCAUCAAAAAUUCAGCUGAUUCUUGAUUUCAGCUAUGGCUUCAAUUCAUAUCAUUGCAAUUUUCUCUCUAAAUCUUCUUUUUCUUCUACCAAUAUUGUCCUCUGCAAACAAUGCUCUGCCUCCUAUCUUCUCCCCCAUUUUUGAUAAUGUGUGUGAAAAAGUGAAUUGUGGUAAAGGGAGUUGUAAAGCUUCUUCAAAUGCUACUUUUGGUUUUGCGUGUGAAUGUGAUGCUGGCUGGAAGCAAACCAGUUCAGAAAAUGAUAAUUUUUGGAAGUUUCUUCCUUGUGUAGUUCCCAAUUGUACUGUAAAUUUCUCCUGUGGAGAGGAGGCUCCUCCUGCUCCAGCCCCUGAUAGACGCUCUAAUACAUCGUUCUUUGAACCGUGUCAUUGGGCUGAUUGUGGAGGAGGCUCGUGCAAUAAGACCUCUCCCUUCACAUAUUCUUGUGCUUGCCAAGAGGGUUACUACAAUAUACUCAAUCAAACUGGUUUCCCUUGCUUCAGAGAAUGUGCUCUCGGAAUGGAUUGUGCUCAGCUAGGUUUUGAUAUAACGAACAAGACAUCUUCUCCUCCGAGUUUGUCUGAUGACAGCAAAAGUAUAGCUAUUUCGGUUUUUGGUGGUGGCUAUGGCUGGUUGAUCAUAACAGUUGCAUCUAUCGCUUCGGUUUUGUUGAUAUAGUUGCUCUUGCAUUGAUGAAUAAGCAAGUUAUUUUGCAGCUAGUUUGGCUUGGGAUAUCAUAAUUUGUUAAUCUGAUACAAAUGAUUUAGAAAAUUUUGCUUUGUUAUAUAGGCCAUAGGCAGAUUGUAUUCCACUUUCUUAUGACAUUGAGUUAUAUGUAUUCCCUGUAUAUAACAUUCUGGGGUUGAUAUUUUUGAAAUUUU